AUGCCUGAAGCUGUUCAAAAACCUUUGCCUUUUGGUUUCCAGUUCUUGGCUGGCGCUAUUGCUGGUGUAUCAGAAAUUCUGGUCAUGUACCCUUUAGAUGUCGUAAAGACAAGAGCUCAAUUAAGUACUGGUACGAGUACUGGCAUUAUCGGCACAAUGACAUCCAUGAUAAAGACUGAAGGACCUGGUUCCUUAUAUCGUGGUAUUUUACCACCCAUCAUGGUCGAAGCACCCAAGCGUGCCACCAAAUUUGCUGCUAAUGAACAAUACACCACCAUCUACAAGAAGCUUUUUGGCUUUGAGAAGAUUACGCAGACCUUAUCGAUCAUGACAGGUGUUAGUGCAGGUAUGACAGAAGCUGUGAUUAUCGUGCCAUUUGAAUUGGUAAAAGUGAGGAUGCAAGACAAGGCCAACUUGGGAAAAUACAACGGAACGGCCGACACUAUUAGAAAGAUCGUUGCUGCAGAAGGUACAUUGGCCUUAUUCAAUGGUUUAGAAGCUACCAUGUGGCGUCAUGCCGUCUGGAACGGUGCUUAUUUUGGUCUGAUUUUCAAAGUGAAAGAUUUGAUGCCCAAACCCAAGGAUCCUAAUCAACAGCGUCUUACCAACUUUGCUGCUGGUACUGUUGGUGGUAUCGUAGCAACCGCAUUCAAUACACCCAUCGAUGUCGUAAAGACUCGUAUUCAAAGCUAUAACGGUGUUGGUGUCAGAAAAUAUAACUGGACACUACCUUCCGUUGCUUUAGUUGCUAGAGAAGAAGGAUUCGCUUCAUUGUACAGAGGAUUCUUACCCAAGGUAUUGAGAUUAGGUCCAGGAGGUGGUAUUCUGUUAGUGGUCUUUGAGACUGUUUCAAACUUUAUCCGAAAGAACAUCUUGAAGGAGUAA